UACGUUUCGUUCUCUUUCUCUCGCAGUAGCUGUGGUCUCAGUUGUAUGCUUGUAUGUCGUUUAGUCAUAAAAUUGCGUUUGACUUGCAUUUAAUCAGAGGAAAAAAACCCAUUAGUUGAUCAGUCAUCUUGAGAAAUUGAAGCGAAACUGGCGUUGAGUCUAUCGUUGCGACUUUUGAAACAAAAUUUACCUAGAUUCGGUUUCAGUAAUUCUUUUUCAACGUCUCAGGCAAAAAUGGUCAAGGAAUACCACGUGAAAGGCUACGAAGAGUUCACCAAACUGGCUGAAAGUUUGGAAAGCACCGGUGAACAUGUACACAUUUUGUUCAGCGGCGGCAAAGACGAAACUGGCAACAGCUGGUGCCCGUACUGUGUAAAGGCCGAUCCAGUUAUCAAGGAGGGACUGAAACAUGCCGCCGAGAAUAGCCACUUCAUUCACGUCGAAGUUGGAGAUCGACCAUAUUGGAAAGAUUUGAACUGUCCAUUCCGCAAGGAUCCACGCACCCAUUUGGUCUUCUUGCCCACAUUACUUCGCUGGAAAUCGCCACAGCGUUUGGAUGGUGAACGGUGCUCUCAAUCAGAUUUGGUGGAAAUGCUUUUCAGCGACGACGAUUAGACUCACAACGUCAGCACACAACUGCCCAAAAUACCCAAUUUUUUCACAUUUCAACCGAAAUUCUAGUUGCACUUAUUUCAGUGUACUUACCACAGUAACAAUUAUACACAAUAAAAUAUUAUCGCUUUUGUCAUUAAAAUUGAAUG